CAGGAGGGGCGGGGCGUCGCUCGAUGGCUGGGCCGGUCAGCCGGUCAGCUAGCGGCCACAAAUCGACUACAGCAUCGAUCUUGGAUUGUCUCGAUCGGCUCGCAUUCGCUGAUCUUAUUUCUCAGCGCUGCGUCUCUGCAGCUCUCACUUCUCCCACUUGUUUGGAGGUCUCGUUCGUUCGGCGCUCGUGGUGUUGGUGUCGAUCUUUCUUUCUGCGUUUUUUCUCGAGAAGUUUGUGCCCAUUUUUGCCGUUUCUUGACGCAGGGGCUCGCGCUCUGUGAGCUCCAUUGUUGUUUUUGGAUUGCGUGAUUUCAUCGACAAAAAUUAUGGCCGCCCAGGCAGCGAUCUCCCUCGCCGGGAGCGUCGCGGCUGCUCCUUCUUUCUCGACGAGCUGCGUGUCGAGGAGCCAUGGCUCGCUGUCCGCCGGCUCCAAGGUCGUGCCCAGGCGCGGGUUGAGGACCUUCUCGGGAUUGAAGGCUGAGAGGUGCGGAGGAGUGUCUGGAGCUGGAGCUUUCCGCGGCGGAGAGUCUUUCGAGACUCUCGCCGCGUCGAUUGAUGCUGCGAAGCCUGCGAAGAAUGUCGAGGAGACCGUGCGCCCCGGACAGGCUAGGGCUUCGUCUUACAAGGUGGCCGUGCUCGGAGCUGCAGGAGGUAUCGGGCAGCCGCUGUCACUCCUCAUCAAAAUGUCGCCCUUGGUUUCCACCCUCAACUUGUACGAUAUCGCGAACGUGAAGGGAGUGAUGGCCGAUCUGAGCCACUGCAACACGCCCGCCCAGGUCGCGGGAUUCACCGGCCCCACGGAACUCGCCGCAUGUUUGAAGGAUGUGGAUCUCGUCAUCAUCCCCGCCGGAGUUCCCCGAAAGCCUGGCAUGACCCGUGACGAUCUGUUCAACAUCAACGCCAACAUCGUCAAGACUCUCAUCGAAGCUGUUGCUGACAACGCCCCCAACGCCAUCAUCAACAUCAUCAGCAACCCCGUGAACUCGACUGUGCCGAUCGCCGCCGAGGUGCUGAAAGCCAAGGGUGUCUACGACCCGAAGAAGCUUUUCGGUGUCACCACUCUGGAUGUUGUCAGGGCGAACACCUUCGUCGCGCAGAAGAAGAAUUUGAGGCUCAUCGAUGUCGAUGUGCCCGUGAUCGGUGGUCAUGCCGGAAUCACAAUUCUGCCUCUCCUGUCCAAGACUAGGCCCUCCGCUGAGUUUACACCCGAGGAGAUUGAGGAGCUCACCGUCAGAAUUCAAAACGCCGGUACUGAAGUUGUUGAGGCCAAAGCAGGAGCAGGAUCCGCGACUCUUUCCAUGGCGUACGCUGCAGCACGAUUCGCUGAGUCAUGCAUGCGCGCUUUGGAUGGCGAUCCCGAUGUCUUCGAGUGCACGUUUGUUCAGAGCGAGCUGACCGACCUGCCCUUCUUUGCAUCUCGAGUGAAGCUCGGAAAGAAGGGUGUCGAGGCAUUCAUCACUGACGACCUCGAGGGAUUGACAGAGUACGAGCAAAAAGGAGUGGAUGCCUUGAUGGCCGAGCUGAAAGGCAGUAUUGAGAAGGGCGUGAACUUCGCUAACAAGCAAGUCGCACCAGCUUAAGCAAGCCCGACGUAGUUAGGUCAUCGCGAAUGUCAUAUAAGACUCCUCACUUUGCCUUGGGGAAAAAAGUUUUGAUAAUCUCUCCCUUCCCUCCAUCCGAUUCUUGCUCCAUUUUCUGGGAACCCGGGGUCUUCUGCCGCAAGGCUACCAACUUUCCAAUGAGUGAUAACCUCUCUGAAACCUGUAGAUGAAACAUGCCGAUUCAGUUCGCACCGACGUGCCUAGGUUUUUCCCCAAAUUAAAGAUACUACAAUGCCGGGAGUACUUUUCAGAGAGUCUUUCUUGAGCAAAUUUCUGCACACCAUUGAUGAAAGUUUUACCUUGAAUAAAGAUUUGCACCUUAUGUUCGGACUUU